AGUCCAACUUAAAAAUAUAUGGACCCACCACCACUCUUUACCUUCGUCCUUCUUCACCAAAAACCGCAUGGCAAAAUAGAUUCUUUCUUCAACAUCCAAACCACCACCGUCACCCCCCUUAUUUUUAUCUUUCAAUUCUCAUGAAUCUGUCAUAAUUUGCAACAGAAAAGUCUGAUCUUGUACUUCCGUCAUGCUCGAUUUCGUUAGCGCAUAACGAAAUCUUUGGGCUAAUUCCCAUUUAGUCUUUUCUGUCUCUUAAGAAGUUUUGAAAUGGUGAUCGAUGACAACGAGAGCUGCGGGAGCCACGCGGUGGAGCCGCCGUCGCCCAAGCACUCCUGGCAGCACAGUCAACGGUUUGAAGUCUUCUCCGAAGUGCUAAGCCGGCUCAGGGAUUUGAAUUUCGACGACGUGAAACUCCCAGGCUUCGAAGAUCAGCUCUGGCUUCAUUUCAAUCGCUUACCUGCUAGAUAUGUAUUGGAUGUGAAUGUUGAAAGAGCUGAAGAUGUGCUCAUGCAUAAGAGAUUACUGAAUCUAGCUGAGGAUCCAGAAAAAAGGCCGGCAUUGGAAGUCCGCCUUGUGCAGGUACACUCCGGAGCUUCAUUAGAUUCGAUUGAUGCGGCGGUUUCUCCAAAGAAAGAUGAAGUCCAUAGUUUGCACCCCCCUCCAACAUUCGGGUCCUCACCUAAUCUUCAAGCCCUUGAGCUCCAUGAUGACAAAGCUCGUGUUAGUGAUGUAGAGAGUGAUAUUAACUCAACUUCACGGACACUCAGGAAUAUGCAUGAAAUUACCUUUUCAACUGUUGACAAGCCAAAGCUUCUCGCUCAGUUAACGUCUAUACUUUCUGAGGUUGGGCUCAACAUUGAAGAAGCUCAUGUAUUUUCAACUACAGAUGGAUUCUCCUUGGAUGUCUUUGUAGUUGACGGAUGGCCUUAUGAGGAAACCGAGAUGCUCAAGACUGAGAUACAAAAGAAAGUUUUGAAGAUAAAGGAGCAUCCACAACAACUCAUCCAGAUCCCUACAGAUAAUCUUUGCCAAACAACAUCUGAGUCUAACUCUACUGGAUGUGUAAAGAUACCUACAGAUGGAACUGAUGAUUGGGAAAUUAAUGCAUGCAUGUUGAAAUUUGAAAACAAAGUUGCUUCUGGUACAUUUGGAGAUCUAUAUAAAGGCACAUAUUGUAGUCAGGAUGUGGCCAUUAAAGUUCUUAAGGCAGAGCAUUUGAGCACCGAUAUGUUGAAAGAGUUCUCUCAGGAGGUCUUCAUCAUGAGGAAAAUCCGACACAAAAAUGUUGUCCAAUUCAUAGGGGCAUGUACUCGGCAACCAAACCUGUGCAUUGUGACUGAGUUCAUGUCUAGAGGAAGUGUGUAUAAUUUCAUGCACAAGCAAAAAGGAACUUUUAAGCUUCCUACCCUACUCAAGGUUGCAAUUGAUGUUUCGAAAGGAAUGAGCUAUCUUCACCAAAACAAAAUUAUUCACCGGGAUUUGAAGUCUGCCAAUCUUUUGAUGAAUGAGCAUGGAGUUGUCAAGGUGGGUGAUUUUGGGGUUGCUAGAGUGCAGACUCAAACUGGAGUCAUGACUGCAGAAACUGGAACAUAUCGUUGGAUGGCUCCAGAGGUGAUUGAGCACAAACCAUACGAUCACAAAGCAGAUGUUUUCAGCUUUGGAGUAGUGCUGUGGGAACUUCUUACGGGAGAAAUUCCAUAUGCAUUCCUAACACCUUUACAAGCAGCCGUUGGAGUUGUUCAACAGGGACUACGACCAACAAUACCCAAGGAUACACAUCCUAAGCUUACAGAACUGCUUGAAAAGUGUUGGCAGCAAGAUCCCAAUAAAAGACCCGAGUUCCCAGAGAUUUUGGAGAUUUUGCAGCGAAUUGCCAAAGGGGUUGGAGAUGAUGGAGAGGAGAAGCACAAGGAGAAAUCAAUUGGUAGCUUUUUCCAUUCCCUUAGAAGAGCCCAUCACUAAGCUGUCUAAAACAUGGGCACUCUUGGAAAUAUGAUAUGUUUUAAAUGUAGAGCUUUUCUGACUAGUGGGUGUAUAAUUGUGAAUUCUGUGUUCCCUUAUUGGUUUUAUAAAUAUAAUUGGAUAAUAUAUCCAUCAAUUUUCAGUCAUGAA